CCCUCCCGAGCUUUUUUUGAGAGGGUUUAACCAACUUUCCAGAAGUUUCUCCCCGGCCCCUUAUAUACCCCCUCCGCCGGCCCGGGAGGUGCACAGGGGAGCCGAGCGAAACCGCGUCCCGACCCCAAAGGCAGGCGCUGGGAGCAGCUGGAGCCAUGUGGAUGGUCCUGGCGCUGGCCCUGUGCGGCCUGGCCGCGGCCGUGCCCUCGGAGGACAGGAAGCUGAGCGACAAGGCCACCACGCUGGCCGAGCGCAGCACCACGCUGGCCUUCAACCUCUACCACGCCAUGGCCAAGGACAAGGACAUGGAGAACAUCCUGCUGUCCCCCGUGGUCGUGGCCUCCUCCCUGGGCCUCGUGUCCCUCGGGGGCAAGGCGGGCACGGCGUCGCAGGCCAAGGCGGUGCUGAGCGCGGACAAGCUGAACGACGAGUACGUGCACAGCGGGCUGUCCGAGCUCCUCAACGACGUCAGCAACAGCACCGCCCGCAACGUCACCUGGAAGAUCGGGAGCCGCCUCUACGGCCCCGCCUCCAUCAACUUCGCCGACGACUUCGUGAAGAACAGCAAGAAGCACUACAACUACGAGCACUCCAAGAUCAACUUCCGCGACAAGAGGAGCGCCCUGAAGUCCAUCAACGAGUGGGCGGCGCAGACCACGGAUGGGAAACUGCCCGAGGUCACCAAGGACGUGGAGAAGACGGACGGGGCCCUCAUUGUCAACGCCAUGUUCUUCAAGCCUCACUGGGAUGAGAAGUUCCAUCAUAAGAUGGUGGACAACCGUGGGUUCAUGGUGACCCGUUCCUACACCGUGGGAGUGCCCAUGAUGCACCGCACAGGUCUCUACAAUUACUAUGAUGAUGAGACAGAGAAGCUCCAGGUGGUGGAGAUGCCCCUUGCUCACAAGCUCUCCAGCAUGAUCUUCAUCAUGCCAAACCACGUGGAGCCUCUGGAGAGGGUUGAGAAACUUCUGAACAAGGAGCAGCUGAAGACCUGGGCUGGCAAGAUGAAGAAGAGAUCAGUGGCCAUCUCGCUGCCAAAAGUUGUCCUGGAAGUCAGCCAUGACCUUCAGAAACACUUGGGUGGCCUGGGCCUGACAGAAGCCAUUGACAAGACCAAGGCUGACCUGUCCAAGAUCUCUGGCAAGAAGGACCUUUACCUGUCCAACGUGUUCCACGCGGCCGCCCUGGAGUGGGACACGGACGGGAACCCCUACGACGCCGACAUCUACGGGCGCGAGGAGAUGAGGAACCCCAAGCUGUUCUACGCCGACCACCCCUUCAUCUUCAUGAUCAAGGACACUAAAACCAACUCCAUCCUCUUCAUCGGCCGGCUCGUGAGGCCCAAGGGUGACAAGAUGCGGGAUGAGUUGUAGCUGGUUGGUGGUUUUGGUGGGUUUUUUUGUUUUCUCCCAGAGCUUUGGUUUGUGUGUGUUUUUAGUGGGCGAUUUCGAACAAGGGGCAACACUCUUUUGUAUCCUUCUCGAACCAUGGGUGCUAUUCAGACCAGGGUGCGUUGUGAUGAGGAACCAGCAGACACUUUACCUCACCCCCCCAAAUCCUUGCUGCACAAACCCACCUCCGGAGAGGAUCAGGGGAGCCUGGCACAAGAGGGUCACCGGCAGUGGAAGGGAACUGGCAUCCUCAGGGAGAUGUCCAGGUUGAAGCCCAGCUCCUCCCUGCACUAGUUAUGCCUCCUGCUGCGACCACCUUCCCUCCCAAACACUUCUGUGUCCCUGCCACUUGCUUUUCUCCUGCUUGGAUGCCCCGUGGCACCGCUCCAGAGCUGCUCUGGUUGCUUUGCUGUUGUUUCUUGCUUCUCUCCUCUCUCCUCAGUGGUUUGCAGCAGAGCACCGAGGGCCAGCUGUGCAGUCCAGCCCCUCCAGGGCCCUGGGAGCAGAGCAGGGCUGGGACAGCUGGAGAAGGGAGGUUUCAUGGAGUUGUGCCCUUCUGUCCUGCCUAACCCAGGCUGGGGGAGUGCUGGAUGCUGCACCCACAGCGGGUCAUCCUUAGGUAGGACACCAAAGCCAGCUUGGAUCAACACUUCCUGGAUAGGCCCAAGGGCAGGUUGGACUCCUAGAAAAUAAACCUGAGGUCCCUUCAACACUCCACCUCUCUGGGGAUCACCCCUGGCAUUGAACACCCUGUACCAGGCCCAGAACUCCACAUCUCUUGGUGCUCCUGCAUCAGCAGGUAGGGCUGGGAGAGUUCCCACUGUGAGGGUGAUCCCAGUUCGGAGCAGGGCUGAGCCAAGGCCCUGCUGGCUGGCUUUUCCUUGUUUAAACACAAAGCUUGAAAGCUGCUCUUGCCUGACUUCCCAAGGCUCCUCUGCUGCAGCUCCGUGGUGUUUUGGCUCCCUGUUUGCUGGCCUGGGUGAGGGCAGGCUCAACCCCAAACGUAUUUAUAUUAUAUUUAUGGCUGAUAAUUAGCCUAAAGUGUCACAGUCUGAGCCAGCCUAGACUUGGAGGCUAUUCCUGACUUCUUUUUAAGGGAUACUGUAAUAUCCCACCGGCAUUCCAGGUAAGCCUGGCCAUGACCUCACACACCUCACGUGGCAAAUAAGAUUAUUGGAAGGAGGGAACUCAGUGCAUCCCGAGGGCAGUACCAGUUCUUUGGAAGCACCACGGACCGACCACAUGGCUUUGCUUGAUUUUUACUUCCCUGCUAAUUUCCUUGCUGUCUUAGAAGCCCAGUACUGCAUAUUCCCAGCUUUCCCCACUGUGGUGGGAGGCAGGAGGCAAUCCCAGGGAUGCAUCCAAUGCCCAGGAAGCCUGGACACUUCCCGGUGAGUCAGCACUGACCCCACACGCUGCAGAAGGUUCUGGAGGAUGGGGAGGGGGGGUAAGAGGGGUGGGCAAGGCAGGAACACACCGUGGGAUGUUGGGAAUUAUUUGCAUCGUGUGGGUGCAGGUGUGUGAGGGCUUUUAUUGUCUGGUCUUGUGCCACACAGUGACAUAAAUGUGUAAUUUUGCAAUAAAACUUUUUCAAUGAA